AUGUCAUCCAAAAAUCAGCUGACUUUCCAGGAGACAGAUGAAGCAGACAAUCUCACUGCUACAUAUGUCUACUCCGAGCAGGAUCCAAUAAGUACUCAACGGGGUCGAAUUGGAGGAAGGGUUGACGUGGUGACUCCCGGCUCAACCUCGUCAUGGUCUACAAAGCCUAUCACCGCUUCCUUGAGCGAUGUAUUCCUGCCAUCCGGAUAUCCACACAGUGUGACCGAGGACUAUAUGCCAUAUCAAAUAUAUGACUCCCUCCAAGCAUUUAGCAGCUCAAUAGCAGGACUCCUCUCCUCCAGAGCCGUCCUCCAAGGUGUAGGCGUAGGAAACGCCAACGCCUCACCAACCUCCGCACUCCUCCUUCAUAUCCUGCAAGACUCAUCAGGCCGCGUAGCAACAAUCCUCUUCGCGCACCGCGUCGGCACAGCCCUAGAGCCAGAAUGCAAGACGUACAGACUAGCAGCAGACGUCUUCAAUGACAUCGCCAUGGUACUCGAUUGUCUCUCGCCCAUGGUCCCUGCAGGCUUUAUGCGCGUGACGAUCCUUAGCACGGCGGGCAUUCUGCGUGCACUAUGCGGUGUUGCGGGCGGGAGUUCGAAGGCGAGUUUGAGUGCGCAUUUUGCCAAGGGAGGGAAUUUGGCUGAGUUGAAUGCUAAAGAUUCUUCCCAGGAGACUAUAAUCUCUCUCUUCGGCAUGCUGGUCGGCUCUGUCGUCGUCUCGCGCGUUCACAGCUUCGUAUUAACCUGGGCAUCGCUCCUAACCCUCCUAGCCAUCCACCUAAGCAUGAACUACUGCGCAGUUCGAGCAGUCCAAAUGACAAGUCUGAACCGUCAACGUGCAACCAUCGCAUUCGCGACAAUCCUAGAAUCAGACACAAACCUAGCAUCAGACCUGAAUCUGCAUGCGAAUCUCUCAGCUCAGCCUCAGCCUCAGCUUCCGCCUCAGCCUCAACAGGCGCAGAACAAGAGCACUAACAAAUCCUUCAAAGUCCCCACCCCAGCCCAAAUCUCCAAAUUAGAAAGAAUCUUCCCUAAGCCCUCAACCAUGAAGUGGAACACGCAAGUAAUCGGUACAGCCGAGAUCGGCGUAUCACUUUCUACAUUCCUCAGACAUGCCCACGUGCGCGCCUGCUCGAGCAGAGCUAGCGAAGUGGGUACGCUGACAGCACGAAUUGCCGUCCCGAUUACGCAACUUAGCACGUUAUUCGCGUCAGAAAGCUACAUGCUAUUCCUCUUUGCACGUGGGAAGGGGGAAUGGCACGCCUCUAUCCUUGUUAAGAGGGGCUGUGGAUCUGAAGGGAUGUUAAAGAGCUGGAUGCAUGCUUUACUUGCUGCGAAAGUCCUAUCACGCGCGGAUAUUGUUAGAGAUAGCGAUGGUGAUGUUAGUAGCUUGGUCUUUAAUGCUGUGGAGCACACGCUUGAGGUAUUGAAUCGUCAUACCCGCUUUGCAGACUAUUUGGCGGCUAUGAGCGGAGUUGGGUGGGAUGUUGGCAUUGCGGCUCUGGAGACGAGGGCUAGACGGAGGAUUGGCCGGUUAGACUAG